AUGCAGGUCAUCGCACGUCGCACGGAUGCUCGCCUGCUGCAUCUGCAGUCGCUGGCAGUCGCGUGCGUCGCCACGAGGUGGAGACGCGUCGCGCGGGCCAGAGAGACUCAGCAGCAGCAGCAGCAGCAGCAGCAGCAGCAGCAGCAGCAGCAGCAGCAGCAGCAGCAGCAGCAGCAGCAGCAGCAGCAGCAGCAGCAGCAGCAGCAGCAGCAGCAGCAGCAGCAGCAGCAGCAGCAGCAGCAGCAGCAGCGCAUGUCGUUGCAUCGCGUGUGUCGCGGGUUUCUGCGCGCGGCCCGUGAGUCUAGAAGCACCCAUGCGAGCACGGGUCGUGCUGCCGCAGCAGCAGGGCCUUCUGGAGCUUUUGAAUAUUCACCUGCCGAGAUAGCAAGUGCUGCGAAGCAUGGCACGGCGGCGCCGUGGCAAGGCCCAGAGGGGACAAAGGGCAUUCAGUGGCCAAUAGCAGCAGCGUGUGUGCAACCGCUGCGGCCCAGCACAGCAGCAUGUGCGCACGCGCUCCUCCAUGUGGAGUCACUGACACUGAGUAGUCAUGCCCAUCCACAGCCACAGCCACAGCAACUGCUGCCCUGCGCCUCACCACUGCUUGCGAGCGCACGUCAUGCUUCCAACGCCUGGACCUCCUUUGGGGCCAUUCGAACGACGCCAGCCGUUGAUUCUGUGCGCGGGAUCUCAGCCGUCCGUUCAGCACCACCUCAGAGACCAGCUUUGCAUGCCCAACUGGUCCCGGUGCUGCCUGCCCGGCUGCUGUCGACUGCUGCAGGAACAGGUGAGAGGUGCUCGGUGCUACAUCCGUGCCUCCCUCCCUCCCUCCCUCCCUCCCUCCCUCCCUCCCUCCCUCCCUCCCUCCCUCCCUCCCUCCCUCCCUCCCUCCCUCCCUCCCUCCCUCCCUCCCUCCCUCCCUCCCUCCCUCCCUCCCUCCCUCCCUCCCUCCCUCCCUCCCUCCCUCCCUCCCUCCCUCCCUCCCUCCCUCCCUCCCUCCUCCCUCCCUCCCUCCCUCCCUCCCUCCCUCCCUCCCUCCCUCCCUCCCUCCCUCCCUCCCUCCCUCCCUCCCUCCCCCUCCCUCCCUCCCUCCCUCCCUCCCUCCCUCCCUCCCUCCCUCCCUCCCUCCCUCCCUCCCUCCCCUCCCUCCCUCCCUCCCCCCUCCCUCCCUCCCUCCCUCCCUCCCUCCCUCCCUCCCUCCCUCCCUCCCUCCCUCCCUCCCUCCCUCCCUCCCUCCCUCCCUCCCUCCCUCCCUCCCUCCCUCCCUCCCUCCCUCCCUCCCUCCCUCCCUCCCUCCCUCCCUCCCCUCCCUCCUCCCUCCCUCCCUCCCUCCCUCCCUCCCUCCCUCCCUCCCUCCCUCCCUCCCUCCCUCCCUCCCUCCCUCCCUCCCUCCCUCCCUCCCUCCCUCCCUCCCUCCCUCCCUCCCUCCCUCCCUCCCUCCCUCCUCCCUCCCUCCCUCCCUCCCUCCCUCCCUCCCUCCCUCCCUCCCUCCCUCCCUCCCUCCCUCCCUCCCUCCCUCCCUCCCUCCCUCCCUCCCUCCCUCCCUCCCUCCCUCCCUCCCUCCCUCCCUCCCUCCCUCCCUCCCUCCCUCCCUCCCUCCCUCCCUCCCUCCCUCCCUCCCUCCCUCCCUCCCUCCCUCCCUCCCUCCCUCCCUCCCUCCCUCCCUCCCUCCCUCCCUCCCUCCCCCCUCCCUCCCUCCCUCCCUCCCUCCCUCCCUCCCUCCCUCCCUCCCUCCCUCCCUCCCUCCCUCCCUCCCUCCCUCCCUCCCUCCAACCCUCCCUCCCCCCCUCCCUCCCUCCCUCCCUCCCUCCCUCCCUCCCUCCCUCCCCUCCCUCCCUCCCUCCCUCCCUCCCUCCCUCCCUCCCUCCCUCCCUCCCUCCCUCCAUGCCUGUCUCCUCUCCUCCCUUCCUACGUCUAUCUAUCCUCAAUCAUCACUCCUGCACGACGUCAUCCCUCACCACCCCUCACCACCCCGCCAUUCGUUUUUCCCCUCCUACCCUCCAAACCCCCUCCCGCCACCACCCCCCCCGGUUACCCCCUCUUUCGUCCUCUCGUCGCCCCAUUUCCCCACUCGGAUUCGCCUUCUCUCUCCACCAGACCCCAGACAUGGUUCCUUCCUCUCAACAGCAUCUCACCCCUUCAGUUGCACUGUCCACGACUUGGAAUCCGCGUUCGUGGCUGGCGGUGGCGCUGCUGCUGCUGCCGUGUGCCACUGCCUUUGGCCUCGGGGCCUGGCAGAUCCAGCCCUACUACUGGAAGCUGGAUCUAGUGGAGCGGCGGCAGCAGCGCCUGCAGGAGCCGCCAGUGCCGCUGCUGGACGCCCUGCAGGCCCACGCGCUCGCCACCGGGGAGGAAGCCGCACUGCCCCUGCUGCCGCCACCACCUGCCACAUCACCAGCCGCUGCCGGGCCUCAUGGGUCUGGCUCGGCAGCGGACGGGUCUGGUUCGGCGGCAGAUGGGCCUGGUUCGGCAGCAGAGGGGCCUGGGUGGGCGGCAGGGGAGUUGGAGUUUCGGCGGGUGGAGUGUGCGGGGCGGUACGACGAUGCACGGUCGCUGUUUGUGGGGCCGAGAGCGCACACAGUGAGGGGCGCACAGGAGAAGGGGUACUUUCUUGUCACGCCGCUCAUCCCUCCCCCUGGCAGCGAGCAGCCGGCAGUGCUGGUGAACAGGGGGUGGGUGCCCGAGGCAGUGAGGCGAGAGGCAGACACAUGGAUGGCGGGGGAGAGGGCGAAGGGGGCCGCAGGCGAGGCGGGUAAGGAGGAGGUUGAGAGCGGUGGCAGUGGGACGAGCAGGAGUGGUGGUGGCGGAAGCAGCAGCAGUGGCAGCAGCAGCGGUGACGUUAGUGAAAUGGGCAGCACCAGGGGGUGGUUUGGAUCAGGGGGAGGUAAAGCGCGAGCCGGCGCUGGGACAGCAAUUGGCGAGCCCAACGCCCCUCCUGUGAUCCAUGUGUUCGGUGUGGUGCGAGGCAGUGAGAAGCCGAACCACUUCGUGCCGCCCAACGCGCCGGAGCACGGCGAGUGGUUCUGGGUGGACGUGCCUGCCAUGGCCCAGGCCUGUGGCCUGCCACGUGGCACUCUGCUAUUGGACGCCAUGAAACCAACCGAGGACGAGGAGGACGAGAAGGAGCGUACGUCGGACAGCAACAGCAGCAGCAGCAGCGGGCAGGCGGGUGUCUGCCCUGCAUUCUACAGCGACCCGCGCUUCCCUCGCCCCAAGGACCCGGAGGAGCUCGUGAAGCUGCCAGUCAUGCCCACCGACCACAUCACCUACGCUGCCACCUGGUUUUCUCUCUUCACAGCCACGUCAGUGAUGGCUUACAAGCGCCUUCGAGUCGUGCCCAAGAAGUGCCUUGUCUCCACAUGCACCACCACCACGAUCAGCAUGCCCACGGCUUCCCUCCAUGCUGCUGGUGGUGUGGGUGGCAAUGGUGACGGCGACGCGGGUGGCAGUGCUGUUGGUGCGGGCGGCAGAAGUGCCAGUGGCGCGGGGAGCAGAGGAGCAAUUGGUGCGGGUGGCAGUGGUGCUGCUAGUGCGGGGGGGAAUGGAAUGGGUGGUGCGGGCGGCAGUUGUGCCGGCAAUGCGGGCAGCAGUUGUGCCAGUAAUGCGGGCGGCAGUGGUGCCGGUAAUGUGGGCGGCAGUGGUGCCGUGGUGCCUGUGGUGUGGGUGGCCGUGCUCCUCGUGAUGCGGUUGGCAGUGAUGCCAGUAGUGCGAGGCACCAAAGCGGACCGGUGUAAGGCGCAGGGGGCAGCACGGGAAGCAGCUCGAAUGGUGGUGCGAGGAGUAUUUACGGCUGUAGCGCGAGGGGCAGCGGCAGAUGCAACACCUUCCCUCCAACCCCUCUGCCAACCUCCCCCAUCUCCUGACCCUGCCAACCUCCCCUCCUCCCCAUCCAUUGGGGAUGUAGGAAAGGAAGAAUGGGGAGGGGAGGAGAGAACGCAAGGGAAGAGAAAUGUCCCCUCCUCCCUCCCCUCGUCAACGACCCUUCCCUCCUCUGCCACCACUGAUCUUAUUGCAACUUCUCUCGCUCUAUUGACGUAA